CGAGCAUCCGAAACGCUGGCCAUAAAAGCAGCGGCCAAAACGUUGUAGACCACAGUCGAAGAUCGCCCUUCCAACCCGACACAGUCGCAGUUCUUUCAAGCAAUCAAUCUACAAAAACACCUCAACAUGAAGGUUUUCGUCUGCUUGCUGGCGGUUUGCAGUAUGGCCCAUGCGGGAUUCCUGGGCGGCGGCGGAGGUAGUGCCGUUAGCUCUGGCUGGUCCUCGGGCGGCGGCGGAGGAUAUAGCGGGGGCUACAGCGGUGGUCAUGGUGGAAGCGGUGGCUAUAGCGGCGGUGGUGGUGGUUAUGGCGGCGGUGGCCAUGGAGGAGGCGGUGGCUAUGGAGGCGGCAGCACCGUUAAGAUCAUUAAAGUGAUCACCGAUUCUGGAGCUGGCGGUGGCUAUGGAGGUGGCUACAGUGGAGGCCAUGGCGGUGGCUACGGAGGUGGCUAUGGAGGUGGUUCCGCUGGUGGUUAUAGCGGAGGCCAUGGCAGCGGCUGGUCCUCGGGAGGUGGCUACAGCGGCGGCGGUGGCUAUGGAGGCGGUGGUGGCUAUGGAAGCGGUGGCAACAUCAAGAUCAUCAAGGUUAUCUCCGACUCUGGUGCCAGCGGUGGCGGCGGUGGCGGCUAUGGCGGUGGCUACGGCGGUGGCUACAGCGGUGGUCAUGGUGGUGCCUCUAGCUACUCCUCCGGCGGUUGGGCUCCUCAGGGCGGUUGGGCCCAGAGCAGUUGGUAAACGCUCUCUGCUGGCCAACAGAUGCUAUUUUGUUACUGUUUGUUACUGACCCCAACUGUAAAUACUUCCCAGCAUUAAUGAAUAAAAAACAGAGCGAUGUAGUCGAGCCAUUCCAAUAUUAAAAACUUAAA